GUUUCCCUUUUCUCCCUGGUGGAAAGCCUGUUGGGACAGCACACAGCAAUCUACAUUGUUGUUAGAGACAUUUGUCACAUGUUAUUUACCAUAGUAUUAGGAAGAAAUGGAGACAUACUGAAAACAAGUCUAGGGGAACAUUGAAAUAACAUCAUUAUUUAUACAGUGGGAUAUAUAAUGGGAUAUUUUGUUGCCAUUUAAAAUUACUUACAGGAAUUUGAUAAUCUGGAAAAAUACUUCUGAUGUUAAACAAACGAAAGCAGGUUCUAAAUAAUUUCCACAGAAUGUUCACAAUAGAUGGAUAGAAAAAAGACUGAAAGGAAAUUGGCCUAAUUAUUAACAGCGAUUGCCUCUGGAUGAGUAGGAUUUUUUCCGUUUUCAUUUUCUCUAUUGUCUGCAAUAAGCAUGUAUUGUUUUAAUAGUCAAGAAAAAAGAAAGGAAAAAACUGGAAUGAGAGGGGAUAUAAACUGGAAAUCCCCUAUGAACUGUGUACAGAGUGGAUGCCAUUAAUAAAUGUAAGAGGGCAUCUGUCUCUAAUUCGUGGCAUGCCAUGUACCCUGAGAUGUCAUUCAGGACCAGCAGCUGUUUGGGUGUAUGGAUGGGAGCCUUCGAAUCUCGCUCACUUUGAAUGCCAGCAUUUGCUUUAUUGCCUCUCUCUCUCUCUCAGAAGAUCUGAAACCUAAGGAUGUGUUCCUGGAGAGGAGAGCAUGCAUCAAGCGAGGGGAGUCUGGCUCUGCACCCCUUUAAUGCCCAGAGCGUCUAGGCAGAGCAGUCAGCUGGAGCCUGUGGAGAAGUAGCCUCCUGGCUGCUUCCACUGAGGGUGACCUUUGGGGCUGGAGCUCUUUGAGGUGGAUGUCCACCUUCUGGAGAGCCAAGAGCGCCUUGAAACCAGGGCACCUCGGUGUUUGGCUCCUACCUGCCUUCCUGUCUGGCUCUUGCCCUCAGCCUUCUAGAGAAAGAGAAGUUGACCUGGAGAGAGGGGACUCCAUGACCUGGAGGGAAAGGGAAGCUCCAAAGAGGCAGGAAGUUUGAGAACGAGAAAGCAUCCAAUAACAGAGCUAUCAGGAGCCACAUACGAAAAGGGAGCCAGAAACUGACAAAAGACUGUGACUGACAGGUCGGAAUGUGAGAGCCUUGUAGCCCUAGCAGUGGCCCGUUGUCAAUGGCAGUGGCAUCCAACAAAUGGGAUGGGCCUGCUCACCUGUCUUCAGAGGCUGCAGAGAAGCAGGGAAGGGCUGCGAGAGUUAAGAGAAGCUGCAUUCUACUCUGUCACCCAUCUUGAGUAAGGACACCCCAAAAUGCAGUGGGUAGCAGUAGCUCUGGUAAGGAGGAAAGCAGGCUGUUUCCUAGGGCCUACAGGAGUGGAGAAAAGAUAGAAAUAUGGGCAUCUUAUCCUUGAAAUGGGACAGCCCCAUGGACCUCCCGGCCUACAGCGCCCUGACAUCAGUUGUGACAUCAUGCAAGGACUUCAAAGUGUGCAUCAGAUCUACCACUGCCCUUUCCGUCCCGGGCAAGAGACAGCAGUAUGGGUCUGUUGACCAGUAUGCUAGGAUUGGAUCUGGAGCGCGUUGGUCACCGCCUUCCAGAAAGCGAAGACACCACAGCCUUUUUGGAAUUCAAGUACUGUGCCAGCCUGUGGACCCAAAUCUGCCAGCACUGAGCAUCUGUUUCCAACAACAUGGAUACCUCCUUGGUGCCACAUGGUGUCACGAAAAGAGGUUUGGGGAGGGAUGCUGGCAACAUUGUCCUCCCUCUACCACUAGUUGCUGUGAGACCUUGGGUAAGUUGCAGUUUCUGCAGCCUUGAAUGACUCAACAGUCAUAGGAAGGGGUUGAUAAAUGGCUUUGGACACGUGCAUCCAUCCUCCUAAGAAGCAGAUUCUGCAUGCGGCUGUGUACGGAAACAUGGACCUGCUAAGCUAAUGGAAGAACGAUUGUGAAUAUAUCUGGGCAUAUGGCCGUUUGUGGGGAAUGAUUACAAGAUUGUGGGGCGUAUCUUUGUGUUCUUUUUCUCAUCCUCUCAGCCCUUACAGUCAAUAGGCCCUAGCUGCUAUGGAGGGUCGCUACUGUCCCAUGAACUGAAAUUGAAUACUUUUCCUAUCCCCACAUUUCCCAAUUGCGCAAUACAUAUACUGAAUAAAAGCUCAGGGCCUGGAGGCCAGACACGGUGGCUCACACCUGUAAUCCCAGUACUCUGGGAGGCUGAGGUGAGCACAUCACUUGACCAUGUGGUUCAAGACCACCCUUGGUUGUGAGCCACAGUGCUCUAGUCUGGGCAACAGAGUGAGACUACAUCUCAAAAAAAAAAAAAAAAAAAAAAAGCUCCGGGCCUGGCGUCAGACAGACAUAGGCUUGAAUCCUAGUGCUGCCAAUACCUAGCUAUGUAUCUUUGGCCAAAUUCCUUAAUCUUUCUGAGCAUCAGUUUCUGAAUGAUGGGAGAUAAACAUUACAUCAGAUGACAGGCUAGGUUAUGUUGCAAUAUCAACGCCAAAAUCUCAGUGGCUUAACAAUAGUUUAUUUCUCAUUCAUUGAGGUAGGCAUCCUCUAAAAU